AUGGCUAUUCUACUUCAUCCUCCAGAAAAAGGGCGGUCACGAGCCAGCGCUACUCCAGCAGGCGAGUCCGAGGAGCGGGAGCACGCAGGCUCGCUCUUAUUGAGGGAUCUGAAACGCAACAUCUCCAAGGCACAGCUCAUUGUCCGUCCCGCUAAGCCCACCUUCGCUCUUCACUGCUCUGUUUGUGUGGAGGCCCCUCCCUCCUCCUUCUCCGCCCCCUUUCCCACACCCUGGGCCAAGAGCUUCCCGGACACCAAGAAAGCUGCUGUCCGGGAGCGAGUUGGGGGUGACCCACGGCCUGGCCUCACUGGCCCGCGCUCCCUUCUGCAGCUAGGAUACCGGUGCGCUCCGGUGCUGUACGGCCGGCUCGCCUGCAGUCCAGCGGGCCGGGGGAGGAUGGCUGCCAUCAAGGCCUUACAGCAGUGGUGCCGGCAGCAGUGUGAGGGCUACCCCGGGGUCAGCAUCGUCAACAUGACCACCUCCUUCAGGGACGGGUUGGCCUUCUGUGCCAUCCUGCACCGGCACAGACCAGACCUCAUAUGCAAGCAGUGUUCCAGCACACUCCACUCAGGUGCCUACAAGUCCACAGGGGAGCCUGGUAUCUUCGUCUGCAUGAACCACCACACCAAAGCUUCCAUCCCACACUCCAAGUCUCCUAGUACAGAUCGGAAGCAGCCAGCAGCCGGCUAUGCAAGUCGGACCAUCUCUGUUCCCAUGGACACCACAUCCCCUGGGGUAUCCCGGAGGGCCCAGGAGCCAGACAAACUAAGAGAAGUUGGGCAGAAAACCAACCAGCCUGGCAGAGAGCCUGUUAGUAAUUCCACUGCCAAGGGCUUUGUCCAUUCGUCUGGAUGGAACUCCUCCUCUGUGGGCAGUAGUGCCAUGAACUCCCUCAGUCCCAUCAACCCAGCCCUCCAGAAGUCCCCCUCCAGUACAAGUGCUUCUCCAAACUCUUUCCUCAACCGGUUUACCCAGAAUUCUUCUCCAGUGGGAGGCAAGCCCAGUGGUGUUACCAAUAACUCCCCUGUGGGAUGGUCGUCUGCUCAAAGAAAAUCAGAGCCACUUAAGACCCCUGCCCCGAGCAGAUUAGAUUUGCACACGACUUCUCCUCAGGGUAAAUUAAGCUUUAGUGCAACAACUCACAGUCCACUAAAUACAGGCAAGUCUCCUUGGGGCAAAUCAGACUCUCAAGCCAAAACUCCGAGCAUCACUUCCCAGAUUAAAUCAGACUUUCGUGCUAUUCCUCAGAGUCAAUCAGACUCACAUACAGCUACUUCUGAGCACAGACUGGACUUAAGUUCAAAUUCAAGCCCCAAUAGCUGGACUUCAUCUGCGUCUAAGACACAGCAAGCCCGGGAAAAGUUCCUCCAGUCUUCUUGGACCUCAGCGGACAAGCCUCCAGCUUCUAAGGAAUAUGGUCUGACCUUUACUUCCCCCCAGGCGGCUGGGAAAGGGUCCUCUGGGGUCACUACUGCUCCUGGUCAGUCUACCCAGGACAGGACAAAGGACAAAGCUCGCAAUUUCCUUAUCCAGAACCUUAAACCAGGUUUGGCCUCAAAUGGUCAGGGGAGUGCUGCUGCUCAGGGACCGACCAGGUCUUCUCCUACCCCAUCCCGCGCUGCGACGUCGGACUCUAAAGCUGAAGGGCUGAGAGGGCUUCCCAAGGCGAAGGUGGAGCCGGCAUCUCCCUGGCCCGGCUCUGCGGCCGAGCUCUCGUCCAAGAGCAAGACUUCCGCCCCAGCGUCGCCCCAAAGAGCGAGGAAGAGCCCGACUUUCUCUCGGUCGGGCCAGGAGCUCCUGAACCCCAGGCAGAAGCCGGACACCUCCGUGGUAAAUGGUCAGGGUCCCCGCUCUACUGAAAACCAGAUCGAGGAUCCUGCCGGUUGGCGGUCCAAACUAAAGCCCGUGGAGAAGAUAUCUUCAGUGGACAAGGUUCCAGAGCGAAAGGAAAAAGUCACUCCAGCUCCCGCAGAGACCAAGGGAUCGGUCCUUUCCAAGAAGCCUUUGGAAAAUUCCUCCACAAGUUUCCAGAUCACGCUGACCUCGCCUCUAAAGGACAAGACCUCCACCACCGCCCUUCCCAGUAAGAGCCAGGGCUCUGUCCCUGCCCCCCAAAAGGCAUUGAAGACUCCGAGGGAGAUGAAAAGGGAGCAGGAGCUUCUGGAACAGUAUGUGAAUACGGUGAAUGAUCGCAGCGACAUCGUGGACUGUCUGGAUGAGGAUCGGCUCAGGGAGCAAGAGGAGGACCAGGUGAUCCAGGACAUGAUCCAGAAGCUAGAUCUCCAGAAGGAGGGAGCAGAGAAGAAGAAACACAAGACUGGCCGCUUAUCCAAGAUUUGGAGGCCCAGGAGUAAAAGCAAAACCUCAGAGUGACGGCUCCCUCUCUCCAAGGACCCAGCCAAAGAAGUGGGGUGAUAAUGUGUCUCCACCCCACAACUCCAUCCAUCAUGGCAGCCUCACCCACUAUGUGGGACGGGAAGGACGAGAGGGAAUAUGGAAUCCAGGACUCGUUAGAGGGUGACAAGCUUGUCUCGUCCCACAGUGGGAAGGAAGGACCCGAGUGAUGGCCAGCUCACAAUGUCCUCUCCUUCGGAGGGGGCACUCAGUGGCCUGCUUAUUCUGGGGAGGCAGAGACCUGCUGGGCUUCUAGUAGAAGCAGAGACUUCAGGGCCAGGGAAGGGCAAACCCUCUUGCCUUUAAGAGAGAUCUUCGACGGCCUCAUAAUAAUAAUAAAAAUAAACGCA